AUGAAGAUUUUCUCAGCUCAAGUUGAGGAAGGAAGGGAAGGCCAGAAUGGCAAGCCUUCUGUUGGUCCGGUAUACCGGAAUUUACUGUCCAAAGACAAUUUUCCUCCCCCUCAUCCUGAUAUAAGUACAGGUUGGGAUAUCAUUAGUCAAUCUUUUCAGAAGUAUCCUGGGAAUCGAAUGCUUGGAUGGCGUAAAAUUGUUGAUGGAAAGAUCGGACCUUACGUUUGGAAAACAUACAAGGAGGUUUAUGAUGAACUUCUUCAUGUUGGUUCUGCAUUACGAGCAUCUGGUGUGGAACCAGGUUCCAGGAUUGGGAUCUAUGGGUCAAAUUGCCCCCAGUGGAUUAUGGCAAUGGCGGCUUGUUGUGCUCAUAGUUUGAUCUCUGUGCCUCUCUAUGAUACCCUAGGGCCAGGAGCAGUAAAUUAUAUCAUAGAUCAUGCAGAGGUUGAUGUUGUUUUUGUCCAAGAUAAGAAAGUGAAAGAACUACUGAAUCCUGAUUGUACAUCUACUCAACGAUUAAAAGUUAUUGUUUGCUUCACUUCAUUGACAGAUGAAGAGAGGGGUAAGGCAGCUCACAUUGGGAUAAAACCAUACUCAUGGAAUGAGUUUGUGGAGAUGGGAAUUCAAAACCCAUUAAAGAUUUUUCCACCUCUGCCUGAGAAUAUUAGCACAAUUAUGUACACAAGUGGUACCAGUGGAGCUCCUAAAGGUGUUGUGAUAACACAUGAAAACAUGGCAUAUGGUGUGAGAGGCAUUGACCUCUUUAUGGAACAAUUUGAAGACAAGAUGACAGUGGAUGAUGUGUAUCUAUCUUUCCUUCCUCUGGCUCAUAUCCUGGACUGUGUUAUCGAGCUGUAUUUUUUCCACAAUGGUGCUUCUGUUGGCUACUACCAUGGGGAUCUUAAUGCAUUGGGGGAUGACAUAUUGGAGUUGAAGCCAACACUUCUUGCUGGGGUACCUCGAGUCUUCGAAAAUAUACAUGGAGGUAUCAAGAAAGGAGUGCAACAGCUCAAUUCAAGGAGGCAGAAGAUUUUUGACAUUCUCUACAGAUACAAACUUGCCUGGAUGAACAUGGGGUUUAGAAACAAAAACGCCUCACCACUUGCUGAUCUGUUAGCCUUCAGAAAGAUAAAGAGUAGACUGGGUGGUAGAAUUCGUCUUAUAAUAUCAGGAGGUGCACCCUUAAGCUCUGAGAUUGAAGAAUUCUUGCGAGUUACCUGCUGUUGUUUCGUACUCCAAGGCUAUGGAUUGACAGAAACUAUUGGUCCAACGACUCUUGGGUUCCCAGAUGAAAUGUGCAUGAUUGGUGCUGUUGGUACUGUAUCAGUUUUCAACGAGCUGCGCCUCGAAGAGGUACCAGAAAUGGGCUACAACCCACUUGGGGAUCCUCCUUGUGGUGAGAUAUGUGUGAGAGGAAAGACUGUUUUUGCUGGCUACCACAAAAGUCCGGAAUUGACAAGUGAAGCAAUUAAAGAUGGAUGGUUCCAUACAGGGGACAUUGGGCAUAUACUUCCAAAUGGAAUCAUCAAGAUCAUUGAUAGAAAAAAGAAUCUGAUUAAACUCUCGCAAGGAGAGUAUGUUGCACUCGAGUACUUGGAAAAUGUAUAUGGCAUUUCUUCUAUUAUUGACGAUAUCUGGGUCUACGGGAAUAGCUUCAAGUCGAAGCUUGUUGCCGUGGUGGUACCAGAAGAAGAAAGCACCAAGAAGUGGGCUUAUUUAAAUGGUCACAUUGGUUCAUUUUCUGACCUUUGUUUUCUUGAUCAGCUCAAGAGCCAUGUUCUGGAAGAACUCAAGUUAACUGCUGAGAGGAACGAGCUGAGAGGUUUCGAGUAUAUAAAAGGAAUCAUUGUUGAGCCUCGCCCCUUCGACAUGGAAAGAGACAUGGUCACUGCAACUCUGAAAAAGAAAAGAAAUCAGUUGCUCAAGUAUUACCAGGCUAGACUUGAUGAGCUUUACCAAAACCUGGACGCUGGACGAAAAUUUUAG